AGAAGAUGGUGACUGUUCAGUCAACAGUAGACACUGGGCACGAGGAUAUGAUCCAUGAUGCCCAGAUGGAUUUCUACGGCACCCGUCUAGCAACUUGUAGUUCGGAUAGACUUGUUAAGAUAUUCGACGUCAAGGAUGGAACCCAGACUCUUGCUGCUGAACUGCGCGGACAUGAAGGUCCUGUCUGGCAGGUCGCGUGGGCGCAUCCAAGAUUCGGGAAUAUCUUGGCGUCCUGCUCGUAUGACCGGCGCGUUAUAAUCUGGCAGGAAGGCGGGGGACAGUGGUCCAAGAUCUAUGAAUACACCAAUCAUGAUUCUAGUGUUAACAGUGUUGCAUGGGCUCCUCAUGAGCAAGGAUUAAUUUUAGCCUGUGGAUCCAGUGACGGAGCAAUUAGUGUUCUCACUUAUACACACACUAACUAUCAGUGGGAGGCAGAGAAGAUUAAUAACGCCCACACAAUCGGCUGCAACAGCGUCAGCUGGUGUCAGACUACGUCAGGCGGGAAGAGGUUUGUAUCUGGAGGGUGUGAUAGCCUGGUAAAGGUUUGGAAGGAAGGAGAUGAUGGGCACUGGACCGAAGAAGCCAAACUAGAAGCUCACAGUGACUGGGUCCGUGAUACUGCCUGGGCUGCUAGUCUUGGACCCUCCAGGCAGAUGAUUGCCUCGUGUAGCCAGGACCGGAGAGUGGUUAUCUGGACCUGCAAGGACGGAGGGGCCUGGGUUCCCAAAGUUCUUCAUACCUUCGAGGACGUUGUCUGGCAUGUGAGUUGGUCUGUUAGCGGGAAUAUUUUAGCAGUUAGUGGAGGAGAUAAUAAAGUGUCUCUAUGGAAGGAAACCUUGGACGAGCAGUGGGUUUGUAUAUCUGAUGUACAGAAGGGGGCAGGGGCUCAGGGAUAAAGCAUUUAUCUAUCUAUCUUCAUGAAUUGUAUGCAUAACAUGAAUAUAUUAUGUAAGACCAAUGGUCUGUUCUAUCCAUAUUUUGAUCUUUCUCAGUUUUAUUUUCUAUAUUUUAAAUCUUUAUUUCAGA